AUGGGUUCUCUAGCAUUAGAUAAGGUCUUUUUCCUUGCUUUCUUGCUCCCAAUUUACAUAUCUUUCUCUACCACCAUUGUUGCUUCUGCUUCUGCUUCUACUGAAGAAGCUAAUGCUCUCCUCAAAUGGAAAGUUACCCUUCAAAAUAGCUCUCGGCUAUCUUCAUGGACACUUUCUCCUAAUGACACCUCCAAUUCUUCUAUCCCUCCAAAGCCCAGUGCAAGCCAUUGCACUUGGUUUGGAGUUUCAUGCAAUGACCAUGGAAGCGUCAUUAGAUUGAACCUCACAACUUCAGGUCUAAAUGGUACGCUCUACGACUUCCCAUUCUCGUCUCUCCCUAAUCUUGCAUAUCUCGAAAUCAGUCNAAGUCUGAAUGAACUCUUCGGUCUAAUCCCACCUCAAAUAGGUCAGCUCUCCCAACUCAUUUAUCUUGAUUUCUCUGUCAAUCAACUUUCCGGAAUAAUACCACCAGAGAUUGGCCUGCUAAAAAAUCUUCAGACCCUCCAUUUGGUUGAAAAUUCUUUAAAUGGCUCGAUACCUCAAGAAAUUGGCCAGCUAAAAUCACUGACUGAACUUGCUCUGUAUACCAACAAUCUCAAUGGUAACAUUCCUGCGUCCAUUGGAAGUUUAAGCGAGUUAGCUUACUUGUAUCUAUAUCAAAAUAACCUUUCUGGUUCCAUUCCUCCAGAGAUGGGAAAUCUUUUCAAUCUUGUUGAACUCGAUAUAGACUCCAAUUACCUAACAGGUCCCAUCCCAUCCAAUUUUGGAAACUUAAAUAAGCUAACUAUGCUACAUUUGUUCCAUAAUGCACUUUCUGGUUCGAUUCCCCCAGAGAUUGGGAAGUUGAAAUCGCUUUAUAGUCUAAGCCUUCAUACAAAUAACCUUUCUGGCUCAAUCCCUUCAUCAUUUG